AUGGGGCAGGGCGGCCACUCUGGUCUCGAGGGCGACCAGGCACAGGGCGCAGAGUGGUGCCGCUGCAGCGGCUCAGACUGCGCGGAGCUCGGGCUGCAGCGCGGGUGCACGGCCCUGAGGUACGCAACAGCCGGCGUGCCGGCCGACGCGCCGACUUCGCCGCCGACCGCCCUUCGCGGCCCAAGCGAAGCGGCGGAGGGCCGUGCAGGGGCGCUGCAGGGCUCCGCGCAGGGGCCCGUGCGCCUGGACCUCCGCUGCGGAGGCGAGGCGAGGGCCAGCGACGGUGAGCAGGCCUCCGCGCAGGGGCCCGUGCGCCUGGACCUCCGCCGCGGAGGCGAGGCGAGGGCCAGCGACGGUGAGCAGGCCUCCGCGCAGGGGCCCGUGCGCCUGGACCUCCGCCGCGGAGGCGAGGCGAGGGCCAGCGACGACGAGGUCGCAGCCGCCGUGGGCGGCCUGCCCCAGGGUGUGCGCUGCCUGGCCGUCGUGCUCGCUGGCUGCGGCUCCCUGACGGACGUCGGCCUCGGCCGCCUCGCCGCCGGGCUGCCCCCCGGACUGCGCUCCCUGAGCCUCGGCUGCGGGCGCUGCGGCGGCGUCACCGACGCGGGCGCGGCUGCGCUGGCGCGGGCGCUGCCGGGGGGCCUGGAGGAGUUGGAGCUCGACUUCUCCGGCUGCGGCGGCAUCUCCGGCCGCGUCGCCGCCGCCCUGGCGGGCGCCCUGCCGCGCUCGGCGCGCAGGGUGGUGCUCAACCUGCGGGGCUGCGCGGGGGUGCGCGGCGAGGACUUCGAGGCGUUGGCCUGCGCGUUCGAGGACGUGGUCGAGGGGCGCGAGACGUUCCUUGGGGUCGGCAGGCGUGCGGCGCUCGGAAAGGGUGCUCGCUCCGAGGCGGGAACUGAUACAUCACCAUCGCCUGGGGGAUGGAUCUUCCUGGACCCCGGCAGGCGGUUCAUAUGGAGUGGAUAUUUGGUGGUCCCCAAACGUUGUGGUGAGAACACCCAGUGGUGA